UCCCGGAAGUGGAGGGUCUGCCCUCAGUGCCGCUGGGUCUGGGCGCCGGGAGGCAGCAGCGUUCAGGGAGCUCGCCCCCCAAGCCCCGACCACCAUGUCUGCUUUUGACACCAACCCCUUCGCGGACCCAGUGGACGUAAAUCCUUUCCAGGACCCCUCUGUGACUCAGCUGACCAACCCCUCGCAGAGUGGCCUGGCUGAGUUCAACCCCUUCUCAGAGACAAAUGCAGCUACAACAGUGCCUGCCACUCAGCUGACUGGGCCAUCACAGCCGGCCGUUCUCCAGCCCUCAGUGGAGCCCACGCAGCCAAGCCCCCAGGCUGUGGCAGCUGCAGCCCAAGCAGGCCUGCUCCGGCAGCAGGAAGAGCUGGACAGGAAAGCUGCGGAGCUAGAACGCAAAGAGCGGGAGCUGCAGAGCACAGCAGCUAGCUUGCACGUGAGAGAGAACAACUGGCCCCCGCUGCCCACAUGGUGUCCAGUCAAGCCCUGCUUCUAUCAGGAUUUCUCCACCGAGAUCCCUGCUGACUACCAGCGCAUCUGCAAGAUGCUGUACUAUCUCUGGAUGUUGCACUCAGUGACUCUGUUUCUGAACUUGCUCGCAUGCCUGGCCUGGUUCACGGGCGACACCUCCAAGGGAGUAGACUUUGGGCUCUCAAUCCUGUGGUUUGUGAUCUUCACACCCUGUGCCUUUCUCUGCUGGUAUCGACCCAUCUACAAGGCCUUCCGGUCGGACAACUCUUUCAGCUUCUUCGUGUUCUUCUUUGUAUUUUUCUGUCAAAUAGGGGUCUACUUCAUCCAACUGAUUGGCUUGCCUAACCUGGGGACGAGUGGUUGGAUCGCAGCCCUGUCUACAUUCCGUCACGAGUCCUUGGCUGUGUCGAUCAUCAUGAUGGUGGUAGCUGGCUUCUUCUCUCUCUGUGCUGGGCUCUCACUGUUCCUCCUGCAGCGGGUGCAUUCUUUUUACCGCCGGACAGGAGCCAGCUUCCAGCAAGCCCAGGAGGAGUUUUCCCAGGGCAUCUUCAGCAGCAGGACCUUCCGAAGCGCUGCCUCCUCUGCUGCCCAGGGAGCCUUCCAAGGGAAUUAGCCCAGCUCUGGCCUCUUGCCAGCCUCUUCUGCACCUGCCUUGAGCUGCACUUUCUGCAGUGCCUUAUGCAGUGGGGAUGCCCAGCACCCACCUGGUGUGUGUGUGGCGGGGGGUUACUGUUGUGGCUCUUCCUCCAUGCUCAGCAACCAACUGUCCCUUCCACAGAGGGAAGGGAGAGGGAGGGACAGGGACUAUUUUUACACACAAGAAAAGAAAAAAUAACAAAGCUGUCUUUCCUUGUCUGGUGGUGGUUUGGUAAGAUACUUUUGUCUCUGGAAGCAAUGGGCCUAAAGCUCUCGUCCCCGGACACACAUGCUCCCCAUCCCCCCACACACAAUGUGGUCCAUCCUGGGCCCAUCAUAGCUGGAGUUUCCUGCCCAUCCGUGUCCCAGGGCCUACUGAGUCUGUGGCCUUUAUAGUUCCACUCUCCUGCCAGUCCGGACUAAGCUUCCCAAGGGCUUCCCUUUGGUGAGCUGCAGUUGGAUUGGAAGGGUGGGCAUCUCUGAUCCCUGAAUCACUCUAGGGUGGUCUCCGAGCUUCUCUAGCUGGCCACCCACAAUCAUUUUUCUCAUAUACCCUGAAACCCUGCAUACCCUCCUGAUGUGCACCUGUGGCUCUCUGGGGCCCUUGGUGAGCCUUUCUAAAUGUCCAGUGGCUACGGUGAGGGAUGGGGAAGGAUGAGGAACACUGAUCCAGUUGGCCUGCCCAGUGAGUAGGAGGAAGGUCUGGCUAUCCUGGUGUGGUUUGCUUGGCCUGUUUGUUUUGAUUUUUCUUUCCUGAGGGACUGCUACCAUUUGCCUUAGCCCCAUUCCUGUCCCUUCCCCCUUGCUGCUUCAGCAAUAUCCAGCUUAGGACACUUGGGAUGCAGGAGGAGCACUCUCCACCCACCCAGGAAAGGAUGCCUGGGAGUCUAAAGCUCCCAAACUUCUGGGUGUGGGUGGGAGGCAGGUCUUCCACAGCCCACUCAGGCCUGGUGCCACUGAAUGACAAUGACAGUCAUGGGGUUUGUAAAUUCCUUUCUAGUAUUUUUUUCCUUCAUGUACAAAUGUAUAUGUUAUGACUCCAUUUUUGUGCUUAAAUAAAAGUGACAUUUUCAGA